CAUGGAACUGCCCCUGCAACCACGUCGUUAUCAGCCUGACAGCUCUUGUGGCCAAUAAGCUUGUUAUGACACGCGCAACCUGGCCCCAAGUUAUCGAGAAGGGAGAUGAAACACAUUCCUUCCUAUUCAUCAGCACAACCUCAUGGCCCCCAUUUAACCACGACAGCAACGACCUCCUACGACCAUUGAACGACAGCAUCAACUGCAAAACACUCGCUUUAACACAUCCGCGGCGUUUGAGGCUGCCAUAUCCACUCCUUUGCGCCGCCCCUGAUCGCCAGCUCAAUACAACGCCAUGACUGACGCAGCCGUCGAGGCUGCUCUGGCGAGCACAACCGAAGCCCCUACACCUGCGCCCGCCUUUGAAGGAGAGAACAAGUUUCAGCAUGCGAUAUCAGCAUGGAGAACCAUCGAUCUCACAACCCUUGUCUCGACUCUCGACAAUACAGCUUCAGACAUUGUCGCAUACCAGCGGGACUCAACUGUCCAACGUAAAGAACUCGCCCAAAAGACCAAAGAAUUCCGCAAGCUCGAUGAUGCGGCCAAGCUUACAGAAAUCAAGGGACUAUUGAAAUCCUAUCAGACCUUUAUCGACCUCCUUACGAACCACUCCAAGUCUGUAAACUCGGCAUUUCUUCAAACAUAUGCAUCUUUCUCUGAUGCUCCAGAUCCGUAUCCACUUCUUGAGGCCUCAGUUGAUUCUAUGCUCUUGUCCGAAGAUACCUUACCAAAGAUUACCGAAGAAAACCAGCACCUCCAAGAGAACGUCUCGAAACUUUCAAGUCAACUGGAAGAGACCGAAUCAAAGCUCCAGAAUGAACGAAAGGUUCGAAGAGAGCUGGAGGACAACCUAGAGAAACGUGUUAAGGAAGUUGAGACAUCGUGGAACGCUGUGCUAGAGGAGAAGACAGAUAACUGGGAGGCCAAGGAGAAGGCAUUGGAAGAUAAGCUGGAGAAGCAAGAGCGUCUUCUGACCGAGAUGCGCGCAAGUUACGAGGUUAAUCAGCGCCUGGGCAAGAAUGGCGACGACCAAGAGGUUCAUCGCAACAAUGUUUCGAGCGCUGAGCUUGAGAUGCUCCAUGCAGAUUUGGAUCGCACAAGCUCUCGCCUAGCCGAGGUUGAGGCACGAAACGAACAAAUGCGACUGGAGCUGGCACAAGCCAAGUCAUCAGCCCAACAGCAACCUGAGACAAGUCUUGAGGACGAUCCUGGAUAUAUGCGUGUGAGGUCAGAGAACCAGUCCAUGAUCCGCAAGCUGGAUGCCGCUCGUGUGGAGAAGGAGGGUCUCAAACGAGAACUAGAUGGCAAGUUGCGAUCUACUGAAAGAGAGGUGAACACUCUCAAGGAGGAGAGGGAUACCUUGAAGAGCAAGGUUCAAAAAUGGAGUGACUACGAGGACAUCAAGCAGGAGCUUGAGGUUCUCAAAAGUAUUGAGUUCUCCACAGGUGAUGAUGACGAAGUAAGAGAGCACCUUGAGGCAAAGGAUGCAGAGGGUAAUUCUCUGGAGAAGCUUCUCUUGGCGCGAAACAAGAAGUUGGGCGAUGAGUUGACGGUGCUACGUGUUUCGCAUAACGAUUUGCAAAGUCGAUUGGAGGAUCUUGAAGAGGAACUCUCAAAAACUACCGCCGAAUUGGAGAGAGCCCAGAAGCUCAACCAGAAACUGGAGAGUGAUUUGGAGACAAUCCAAGAAGAGGGUGCCAACGCAUUCCCAUCUGGUGCAUCUGUAGCUGGAACAUAUGUCACCCGGGCAAUGGGCCGCAAGAGUGGCAGAAUCUCACCAACAUCGUCAAUCAUUAGUGGUAUGGAUCCUCGCAUGGGAGGAGGCGAGCCUGGCGAACGAGUCUAUGGAGGAGGCUCGGGCAUGUUGCCCAUGGUCACGGCUCAGCGAGACCGUUACAAGAAGAAGAAUGCGGAACUUGAGGAAGAACUGUCAGAUACGCACCGAACAGUCUCGCAGCUACGCCAGGAAGUCGCAGCGCUUCAGAAGGAUAACCUGAAUCUCUACGAGAAGACAAGAUAUGUUUCAACAUACAACCGAGGAGGAGGUGCAGCGACAUCUUCGGCGUACGGGGCGAAUCCAAACCCAUCAACAGUGUCGAUUGGCGAAACGGGCAAUCCUGGCAUCGCUAUGGACCGAUACCGCCAGGCAUACGAGUCCAAUAUUUCUCCAUUUGCAGCUUUCCGUGGGCGAGAGUCUGCUCGAGCCUACAAACGGAUGAGUUUACCAGAACGCGCAGUCUACUCAUUGACGCGCACAGUACUUGCUUCGCGAACCAGCCGAAACUUGUUUGCUGCAUACUGCGUAGCACUCCAUUUGCUGGUAUUUGUAACAUUGUAUUGGCUCAGUUCAUCAGGUGUCCAGCGGGUAACCCAUCUUGAGUCCGCCGCGGCAGCGGCAGCUGGAGUUGCCGGGGGCUCACUUGGCAGUCCAAUGGACGGAGCGCCUAAAGAUCCUGCCAAGUAGAGGCCGAUGCGCCGUCUUGUUUUGUAAGUGUUUUUCUCAAAAGCCGGAAAGGGAAUGUGUCAAUGAAUCUCCGCGGGAGAUGGUACUGUAUCAACAUCAGGAUAGACCUGCGUUAAGACCGGGUCGGUAGUGGAGUCAUUGAAUUCUGUAUCUGAGAUCUCGUGCUAUGUACUGUACAUAUCAGGGAAGCAAGCGAUAUCUCGUGCGUUUGAAGCGAGAUCCAUGCCAUACCAUGCCAAGAGGGAUGGUAUUAUUGUGUUGGGUGGUGAGAACCUUGAAUUAGACCAUAACAUGAUCCACCUAAGCAACACCCUCAAGAAAAAAUCAAGUAAACAUGUGACAGGCUUGUUCUAGACAGCCUCUGAGGUCCGCUAAAACAUGCAAGUCAUGAUGUCGAUACUAGAAGCUUGG